GAUGCAACUCUCCGUUGUACCGGACUGGCUUACUCCCUUUCUCUUCUCGGUUCCGGGCUCGGAUGGGUCUCGCGAGAGGCAGCCAUAGCGUCUUGACUGAGCUAUGCCCAUAUGGUCUGGGCCAGUGCUCGGUGCCCACUGCCGCCCAGCGGAGUGGUGCUGGCGCUGAGGCAGGCCCAGGUAAUAACAUAUUAUUGCAGUGUAUUUGGUGCACAUCUGUUUUGUGUGGCAGCCCAUGGACCAGAUCUCAAAGCUGUCUAUCAACUAUGGAGGCCCGACAGACCUGGGGGUAACGGAUAGUAAGCCAGUCACGCCCCCACGAAGACCGAAAAAACACAGCAAAGGCAGCAGCUCUGUUCCUGCAGGAUCUCCACAGCAGAGGAUAUUCUCAAAUAUUCCUUUUCCUUCUGCUGCUGCUGCUGCUUCUCCUAUUGCUGCUGUGUCUUCGUCGUGUUCAAAAGACAGUAGCAUUAGCGGCUGUAACAACAGUGAGGACGGGCCCGGUUGCAGCUCUGAAGGCCGAGGAGAUCGACAGCGUAUUGCUAGUGACGAGAAUGAGAUACGACCUCUCGGAAAUUUUACAAGGCGUGCGCUUGAAGUCUGGAAGAAGUACGUAGGCUCAACUCAGACCACCACGAGUGACUGUCAAACUAUUAAUCUGCUCUUUCGGGGAAUGGAGGUGAUCCCGUUACAAGCGCAGUUGCACGAAAUGCUCCAGCUUAGCCGUAAGACUCGUCGCCACACCGAUACCUACCUCAGCUAUGGCGUCUUCUCGUUCUACGUUGCGGAAAUGAAGUACUCGGAAAAGAUACCAAUUUCAGCAAAAUUUCUGUCUGUGAACCGCUGCUUCGAAAAUCGAGAUACGACCGGUUUCUUGGGAAAAAUACAGCGCGCACAGCAUACUACCCGAACCCGCUGCAACCCUUGUCGCAAAAUUUCGUGCGGUUCCCCGUCGCUUCGUAAGGCGUGCCGGUCGUCUUCUCAACAUUCCUAUUAUGACGUUUUUCUUGGAGGCUCGUGCAAUCCGACGCAAUGGCGACGCGAUCAAGCCAUUCCCGCUCUGAAACAGGCCCAAGUCACCUACUAUAAUCCGCAACGAUCUGACUGGCGACCUGAACUGAUCGAACUUGAGCAGCAAGCAAAGGAGAAUGCCCGCGUCCUCCUGUUCGUCCACGACAAGGAAACCCGUUCCCUGGCAUCAAUGGUCGAGGCCGGUGAGCUCAGUGCCCGCAGGAAACAGCUCAUACUGGCCAUCGAGGACCAGGGCAAAGGCGUUAUGGGCGAAGCUCUUUCAGACAGAGAAAUGCAAGAAAUGCAACGUGCUCGAAAUUACAUGCGGUCUAUCGCUGAAGCAUGCCGUGUCCGAGUUCACGCUGAAAUUGAGGCUGCUGUGCAGGGCUGUAUCGAUAUCGUAAAGGGUCAUUGCAAACCUAACGCCGACGAAACUGCGCCGAUUUGCGACAAAAACCUCGGCGAAAAGUUCAUCAAAAUUCACAGUGCGUUCGAUAACCACUCGACGAACGAUACUCUCUCGAUUCCUGAGAGACGCAUGGCGUUCCGUGCUUCGACAGGUCGAGAGCUUCCAAAAGAACUCCUCAUGGCCGACACGGACAGCAUUACAUUUGAUCAAUACUGUAUGAUUAACGCUGAAUAUCGCAUGAUGGUUAAGCCCAAUCUGCUCAAAGUACUUGGUAUCUCUUGGCCUUCCGAGCGGUACUUACCUCAGUAUCGCGAACCAGAGAAGGUGUUCAUCGGAGGCCCCACUGGUGCAAAAGAUUGGCGUACGACCGUCGCUUUGCCCCAUUUCAAGAAAGAGCAUGUGUCGUUCAGAACGCGCAAUGAUGAUAGUAGCAAACACUUCCUCCCUAUGGAGAUGCAGCAGAUUGAAAGCUGUAAGAUUCUGCUGUUUGUUUUUCCGUCGGACACUUGGGGAGCGCCGGAAAUGAUUAUGGCAAGCUUCUAUAUUGGGCUUGAGAAAUUCAAAGUGGUUCUGUGCAUUCAAGACGUUUCCGUAGGAUCACAGAUUUACGGCGAAAAGGUGUCCACUACCCAAGCCAAAGAUUACAAUCGCGGCAGGUCGUACCUGUCAGAUCAGGCUACUCGUAGUCGCGUCCCGGUUUAUAGCGACAUUACGGAGGCUGUUGCUAAGGCAGCUGAACUCGCCAAGGAAUAGCAUAGAGCAUUCACUUCACAUCAAAAAUUUACGCCCUCUGUAAACGAGGGCGCAUCUACUCUGUAGGCGUAGGUACUGUCAUCAGAAUGCAUUCACGUGCAUAUAAGCGUGCGUUCAUUUUCGUUCUACCUUGAUUCCGAGGUGUACACAGCAACAAAUCAAAUGCUAGCUUAAGUACCUGAUGAAGACUAAUGCUUUAAGAUGGGCCUGCUUAACUGGACAAUCGCUGUCCGGUAACAAAACAUUCCUAUUGACCUUACCCAGGUUAUCACCUACAGCUGGACACAAACUGACUGACAAGUGAAGGAAGACGUGUCAUUUCUGCCACUGCCUUAUCGAUGCAGCUUUGUCAACGCUUUGUAUUUAAUUAGUUACUAGUUUCUUACGCUGAGUCAUAUCUGACUCAUUAUCCCGCUCUUCUUGCGCAAAUCAGAUCUUCUUUUUAGAUUUAGAUUAACAAUCUAAAUGACAGGUCUGACAAAAGAUGAUGAGUGGAUUGCCAUCAAAAAAUGACUGUUAUAAAACGAUACCGAUAAUCGAAAAUGUCUGAGCCACGUUACAGUUAUUAACUGAUUGUAACUGAAAGUAGUAGGAUUAUUGUUGUCGAUUAAAUUUAUUAGUUUGUAGUGAUUUUAAAUCCGUUCCAAUCAACUACGCGAAUACGCUGACUACUAUCAUAGAUGAACGGGCGGUCACAUAUUCCGUACAUGACCAUUCGUCAUUUUAUUGACCCACGAUUAUCGGUUGUCGUAAAAUUGUCAAGUGCAAAAGUUUUUGCGCUUGAUUGUUUUUCAUCUCCUAUAAAAUAGAGAUACACAGCUUUCAAUAGAAACUGGAAAGCAAUUGAUUGGUUCAUUGGAAUCGCACGAUAGGGGAGAACACUAAUCAAAGCUUUCUACCGUGAUGGACUUGAGGUUCAUUGGGUUUCAAACUAUUUUAUGAUCUCGACACUCAACCCAGCCACCUGUCAGUAAAUUUGAUUCACAGCAAAUACAAACACAAAAAUUAUUGAGAUCACUGUGUUCGCCACGCUCAAAAACGUAACGACAACAUCUGUGAACUUGUAUUUCGCACUCACUAGUGUCUCGGAUAUUUUUACCAAAGACAAGAUGAUAAUAAAAAUACCGAAAAGUCAAGUUAUGUUGGGCUAUUAAAUGGUUUGAGACGAAAUGUACGGAGAUAUCACACAAGUUCGUGUUUAACCUUUGAGGCUCAUGGAAUCGACGGUUGCGAUCCCUGCGUAAUUGGUUAGCAUCAUAUUUGUAUCUUUUACUAUUUAGUCCUUUGUGAUUUUAGCAAAUGGGACGAAUUUAUGUUGCGCGAUAACGAGUGUAAUUGUUAGUGACACUAUCUGAGCUUCGUUUUGAGCGUUCAAACAUGGCCAACAAAAACGAACAACAGAUGCCUGUCACUCAAUUGAGUAACAAUCGACUGUGGCAAACGAGAGCACUGAGAGAUGCAACUACUAAGCUGUUCUGUGAUUGAGCUAUAUAAAAUUAAUUCAGCACUUCAACCUAUUGUGCGUCGAUGUCGAUUAGAGAGCGAAAAAUGACUGUUCAUGCCUGCCAGGUCGUGUCUUAUAAGAGGCAACAGUCUUGUUCUAAUUAGUCAUAAAACUGAUCUGCUUAUAUAUAUAUAUAUAUAUAUAUAUAUAUAUAUAUAUAUAUAUAAGCAGAUCAUAACGAAUAUCACAGCUUGAUCGAUAUCAUUACUUUCACUAAAAGUAAACAAAUUACUAACUAAUGAGUAAAACUGUGUUUUACUCAGGUAGAAACCGUGUUUGUGUGUGGAUUCCGAUAAAAAAAAACAAAAGAAGAACAAGACUAUCAAGCCUAUCUUGUUAUCUUGUCGUCAUAUGAGAAACGCAUCGUCAUAUGAAAAACGCAGUGAUUCACAAAAAACCAAAAGAGUUAAUGAACACCCGCCCGGUUAGCCGCCGCGGUGAAGGCUACCGCAGCACCUCAGGUGGUACUGGCAAGUGGCUGAGAUCGAGUUCCAAUGCACGUAGAUAUUCUAGAGAUAGAUGUAUAUCUGUCUUAGUUAGAAGUGAACGGUAUAGAAACAACAGGGUCAAAUAUACGACAAUAUGACAAGGUAUGAUAAGCACUUAACAGUCACUCAUACCGCUUAAUUGAUUGACUGAGAAUGACUGACUGGAUUACCUGAUUGUUUGAUCGAUUGAUAGGCUGAUUGAGUAAUACACUUAUGCAUUUCCGCAACAUGGAUGAUAUACACUGGUGGAGAAAAAGUACAUAUGGAUCGAUCAUCAUGAUUCUUUUGUAUACAAUCAAUCGAAAACGAGAUCAUCAUACUAAAACAUUCGUUGUAUAUAAGUGAUUAAUUAAAUAAAUCUAUAGAAUCGCUAAUUU